AUGUUACCGACUGUUGCUCGACCGAAUAUGUCGACUCGGGGUUGGGGAGACGGCAGUGCAUCGGCAUGUAGCCCCAAUCUUAUCAGAAUCCGGCCGACAGCAGAAGACGAAGACCAGGCAUGCGAUUCUCAGUCUCUUAUGGCGAUUUGUUUAGGCCGGUAUGAGCAUCAGUUCUCUGAACAGACAACACCUUAUCCUCAACAUUCCUUGCGGUACAUUCAACAUCCGCCACGUUUUUGCUACAUCAUGGCACCAUCAAAACCCACUCAGGCGGCAUCGGUCGCCAUAUUCUGCCCGCAAAGCAAAGCACCAGACGCAGCAUACCUUGACCAACUUCGCACAUUUUUGACACAACAACCUCAACUACGCAAGCUAGCGGACGAUGUCCAGCGACUUGGCGAAACAUGGGAUAUUCUUGCAGCACGCAGGCCCGACAUUGCUGCGCUGCACCAAGGGCCAAAGUAUCUACGAGCUCUACACGAAUGGGUAGAAUCAGGUGUGUCAGGGCCUGUAGCGGGUGCCAUGUCUGGGAUUCUUUCGCUGCCAUUGUUGGUAGUUAUUCAGACAUGUCAGUAUUUCCAGUACCUGCGGUUGACAGGGUUGGCGCAUGCCGAAUUCCUUCGAGGCCUAGAGACCGGAGGUGCACAGGGAUAUUGCGGUGGACUUUUACCUGCCAUGGCUAUUGCAUGUGCCAAGGAUGAGGACGAGGUAGUGCGCAUGGCAGGGAUUGCAAUGCGUAUCGCUCUUGCAGUGGGUGCGUAUGGAGAGUUAGGAGACGAUGAAAACUUACCUGGCCCAACGACGAUUGUGCUUCGUCUCCGACACGAGGGUCAGGGUGAUGACAUAGCGAGAAAGUUCCCGGGGUCGUAUGUUUCUGCCGUCACGGAUCCGAAGACCAUUAGCAUCGUGGGCCCAGUACCCACGCUUGAGAAGGUUACCGCAUAUGCACGAGAAUUGGGCUUGCAAGCUCAGGGAAUGCAUCUCAGGGGCAAGGUACACAAUCCUGAGAAUGCUGAGCUGGCACGGGAGCUGUGUGAGUUGUGCGACGAGAUGGAAAACCUCAGACUGCCGCCGAGUGCAGAGCUGCAGGUUCCAAUAUAUUCCAACAUCACGGGACGGCGGCUUCAAGAUUGCUCGCUCACACAUGAAGCUGUUCUUACUAUUCUGGCCUCACGAUGUGAAUGGUGGACACUGCUCGGUGAACUUGCAUGCGCACUCCAGUCAACAGGCAUCCAGUCACACACUUUUGCCAUGUUUGGAAUCGGUGACUGUGUGCCACUGAUGCCUUUCCACCAGGCGAGACUCAAGGUGUCCAAAAUCGACAUCCAUCGUACUAUUCGAGAAGCAGAGCUCAGUGAGUACACAUAUCCAGAAGAUGCCAUUGCCAUUGUGGGUGCUGCUUGUCGGCUUCCUGGUGCCAAUAACAUGGAAGAGCUCUGGGAUCUUUUGGCGGGUGGUGUUUCCAAGGCAGAAGAAAUUCGACCUGAUCGCAUACCGCUGCAUGCAAGCUUCAGAGCUUCGCAAGAUCAAAAGCGCAAGUUCUUUGGAAACUUUGUCGAUGAGGUUGAUGGCUUCGACCACACAUUUUUCCGCACCAAUCCAAAGGAGGCUACUUACAUGGAUCCGCAGCAGCGCAUCUUGCUAGAGUUGGCAUACCAGGCCAUGGAUUCUAGCGGAUACCUCAGGUCGCACAAGCGUGAGAACGGGGACAACAUAGGUUGUUUCAUCGGCGCGUCUUUCAACGAAUACCUCGACAACACUUCAGCGCAUGCCCCGACCGCUUACACAUCGACGGGCACGAUACGGGCCUUUUUGUGUGGCAAGAUCAGUUACUAUUUUGGAUGGAGCGGGCCGGCCGAAGUGAUUGAUACUGCAUGCUCGGCUUCGCUUGUGGCGAUCAACCGUGCAUGCCGGGCUAUUCUAAGUGGAGAAUGUGCACAGGCGUUGGCAGGAGGCAUCAACAUCAUGUCUGGUAUCAACAACUUUAUGGAUUUGGGCAAAGCUGGCUUCCUGAGCCCGACAGGACAGUGUAAGCCGUUUGACAAGAAUGCCGAUGGCUACUGUCGUGCCGAUGGCGGAGGCCUUGUGGUUCUCAAGCUAUUGCGGCAUGCACGAGCUGAUGGGGAUAACAUUCUCGGUGUUAUUCCUGGUAUCGCGACAAACCAGGGUGGACUCUCUGCUUCAAUCACGGUGCCCCAUUCGCCGGCGCAAAUGACACUCUACCGGCGCAUUCUCAAGCAAGCAGCGAUGAAGCCAGAGCAGGUCUCGUACGUGGAAUGCCAUGGUACAGGCACGCAGGCGGGUGACCCGCUCGAGAUAGCAUCAGUGCGCGAGGUGUUUUGUGGAGGGGACCGGCAAGGCAAUCUGCACGUGGGUUCUCUCAAAGGCAAUAUUGGCCAUUGUGAGACAGCGGCAGGGGUAGCGUCACUGCUCAAGGUGCUCGCUAUGUUGCAGAAGCAACGGAUUCCGCCGCUUGCCAGCUUCAAGUCUCUCAAUCCCAAGAUUCCUGCCUUGGCACCCGACAAGAUGGCCGUUGCCAAGCAGGUGGAAGCAUGGGACGCGCCUCUACGUGCUGCAUGUGUCAACAGCUAUGGGGCUGCUGGAAGUAACUCGGCGCUGCUGUGCGUGGAAAUGAAGCACAAGGGCGGUGGAGCAGCUGGAGAAGGAGUGGCAGCAGCCCGUGCGACUGCAUGGCCCAUUGUCGUCAGUGCAGCCAGCAAAGAGUCUUUGACGCGAUACUGCCAUGCACUGGACACAUAUCUAGCCAAGAAGACGGACGUGGCGCUCGGUGACUUGAGCUUCACGCUGGCGGAGCGGAAGCAGCGUCAUCGGUUCCAGCUGGUGACGACAGCGUCCGACGUGAGCAGUCUUCGAGGCGUGUUGGCGAGCGGCCAAGUCGAAGCAAGCAUGGUUGACGUGGCCCAGGCUGCACGCCCUGUGGUUCUGGCAUUUGGCGGACAGAGCAAGCAGGUCGUGGGGCUGGACAGAGGCGUGUAUGAGAGCAGCCGCAGACUGCAGGCGUAUGUCGACGAAUGCAACGCCGUGCUCGUUGACAUGGGAUACCCGAGCAUCGUGCCGGCAAUCUUCUCGUCGGAACCGGUCGACGACGUGGUAGUGCUGCAAACGGGGACAUUUGCGGUGCAGUAUGCGUGCGCCAAAUGCUGGACGGACGCGGGAGUGCGGGUCGAGGCGGUCGUUGGACACAGCUUCGGAGAGCUCACGGCGCUGGCCUUUUCGGGCGCGCUCAGUCUUCGGAGCGGACUCAAGCUUGUGGCCGCGCGGGCUCAGCUCAUGGCGGCCAGAUGGGGGCCAGAGCGCGGGACGAUGCUGGCCAUCCACGCGACGCGCGACGUCGUCGAGCAGCUCAUCUCCAGGGCGGGCGGCGGCGGCGAGCUCGAGGUUGCGUGCUACAACGCCGUGGCCAGCCAGGUGGUGGUGGGCUCGGCGGCGGCGGUGGCGCGUGCUGAGGCGGUGCUCGCGGGCGAGGCGCAGUUUGCCAGUGUUCGCAGCCAGCGCGUCGACGUGACGCAUGGCUUCCACUCCAAGUUCACCGACCCGCUGCUCGACGAGCUGGCGACGGUGGCGGCGUCGCUGGCCUUUGGCGAGCCGCGCAUCGCCGUCGACAUGUGCGUGCCCGACGCGUGUGCGCACCAGAGCCCGGGGCCGCUGCGCAUUGCCCAGCACACCCGCCAGCCCGUCUACUUUGUCGACGCCGUCCGCCGCAUCGAAGCACGCCUGGGCCCGCGUUGCCUGUGGCUCGAGGCCGGCGCAGACUCGCCCAUCAUGCCCAUGGUCAAGCGUGCCGUCGCCCAGCCGGCCCAGCACGUCUUUGUUGGCCUGCGCUUUGCGGGUGCGCACCACUCGGCCGCUGUUCUGGCAGACGCGACGGCUGCUCUGUGGCGCGAGGGAGUCGACGUCUCCUUCUGGCCGCACCUGGGCGGGCCGGCUGAGUCAGGGCUGAGUCACGUCUAUCUCCCUCCCUACCAGUUUGUUCGCACCUCCCACUGGCUCCCCAAUCUCGACCGUGCUGCUCAAGCCUGCGCCCACCACGACGCCCCCGCGAAACCCCCAGUCCAGCCAGAGAAGCCCCAGACGCUGCUCGUCGCUCCCCAGCAGCCCGGCUCGCUGACCUUCACCGUCAAUAUUGCCUCGAAGCGCUUUCGUGACAUCGUCAGCGGCCAUGCAGUCCGUGCUCGUCCCCUCUGUCCGGCCUCCAUGUACAUGGAGUGCGCCGUCAUGGCCCUGCAAUGCCACCUGGGCUCUCGCUUCAACAAGGCCUGCGCCCUUUCCUUUGAGAAGCUGAGUUUUGAACAUGCCCUGGGCGUUGACCUAAAUCGCCACGUGUCUGUCGUGCUCAGUGAAGCCGGUGAGCCAGGCCUGUGGAGCUUCCAACUGCGCAGCGCCCCCAAGUCGUCCACCACGCCCCGAUUCUCUACACACGGCCGUGGUAAAGUCCGCCUCGGCAGCCCUCCAGCCCUGCACACAUACAAACACCUGGUCGCUGAGCGCAUCCAACAUGUCUCCAACAAGCCCGGAACAGAAACCCUCCUGUCCAAGCGCGCGUAUGGCUUGUUCUCACAGGUCGUCACCUACGCGCCCCUGAUGCGCGGUAUCCAGUCCAUUACCAUGGACGGCACUCGGGCUGUGGCCGCCAUCAAAGUCCCUUCCCCUCCAGUGGCUCCUGAUGAAAGCUCGGCCAUUGGACUUUGUGACACCGUCUCCAUAGACACCUUCAUCCAGGUUGUCGGUCUCCUCAUCAACAGCAGUGACGCUUGUAUCCCUGAUCAUGUCUUUGUUGCCACUGGCCUCGACAGUGCUACCCUGUCCCAGGCCUGUGACUUUACUGCCGCUGACUCAUGGACCGUAUAUGCUGUCUUUAGGUCCACUAGCGACACAACAGCCACGGGCGACGUCUUUGUCAUGACCUCUGACGGCACUGUAGCCUUGACUGUCAUGGACGUCGCCUUCACCCGGCUGCCCAUAGCAACCCUCGAGAAGCUGUUGGACACGGCAAACUCUGCCCCUGCUCCCCGUAAGGAUCCUGCUCCCCGUACGGACUCUGCUCCCCCAAAGCAUGCUACGACGGCAGUUCCAAGUCGACAUGCCGUGCCUGACUUGCUUCCGGCAGACGCCUCUCCCGCACACGGUUAUUCUGAGAGCGAAGGCAGUGUCCCCACUCCACCCAGUGAGCAAGACGACAGUAGUCUGCGCAAAAUGAUUGCCAUGUAUACCGGUGUAUCGGUAGAUUCUAUUGCUGCACAAGCCACCAUGGCAGAUUUGGGCGUUGAUUCUCUUGCCGCUGUCGAAUUCGCCGAAGACCUGCGCUCGCAAUUUGGCAAGGACAUUGAGUCGACCGACCUCCUUGCCAGCACUCUCAACGCCUUGUCACAGCUUGUCCUAACUUCAGUCUCAAAACCGCAGCCAAAGACCAAAUCGGUCAAAGCUCAUGUUGUCCAAAUGGAUCCUCUUCCACAAGUCCGCGCGGCUGCAAGCAGUGCUGGUCGGCAGCGCCUCCUGAAAAUCGUUUCGGACGCUUGUGGCGCUCCACCUUCGGAUAUCAACGAUUCGCAUACUCUUCGCGAUCUGGGUGUUGACUCCCUGGCCUCGGUAGAGCUGACCAGUGACCUUGAAAAUGCCUUUUCUAUUCAAAUUGACGAGAGUGAUUUGCAUCUCGACUCUACUGUGGCAGAUAUCGUCGAAUAUCUCGGAAUCGGCAAUGAAAGUGAACAAAGCGCGGCGCCGACGCCAAUCUCUACUUCCCCGCAACCUGCCAAUGCUUGCUCAACGAUUCCAGCGGCAGCCCCUCAAAGUGAAUCCAAUGCCAUCCGCCAGCGCGUGAUUCAGAUCAUAUCCGAUGCAUGCGGAGCACCAGCUGAAGACAUAGGCGAAGACGCUUUGCUCCGCGACUUGGGUGUCGACUCAUUGGCAGCGAUGGAGCUGAAGAGUGAGCUUGAGGACGAGUUCAACGUUGAGCUGGACGACGACCUCUUGGACUUGUCCGUCUCAGAAACUAUCAAAAGCUGCGGAGGCGCUCUCACAGAGUCGGUCAAUGUCCCAACCACAUCCAGUAGCACAACUGCCAGCCGACCUCCGACAUCCAAACCAGCCACCCCCAAUCCCCCAAAGGUACCCGCUGAUAUGCCGAGUCCCUUUGACUCUCUUGUCGUUAAUGAGAGGGACUAUGCUGCCAAGGCUAGUAAAUGCGGAUUUCUAGACUUUGAUGCUAAAGUGUCUUCCCGGCAGGACGAGCUAAUGCUAUCUUACAUUGUCGAGGCCUUUGUAGAGCUCGGCGUCGACUUGCGCAAAUUGAAACACGGCGCUCCAUUGCCACCACUUGCUUAUAGAAGCAAGCAUGCUUAUGAUCGACUGAUGCAGAGAAUAUGGGUCAUAUUGGACAAACACGGAUUGGUCACCACAGUCGGCACAUCACAACACGUACGAGGAGCCGCCAAAUGUCCGCAAAGCCCUUCAAAAGAGCUCCUUGGGAGAAUGCGGCAAGAUUUUCCAGCUUACAAUUGCGAGUUCUCAUUAAUGAACUUGACUGGAUCUCAACUCGGGCAGUGCUUCGCCGGAAAGCAAGAUCCGAUCGCUCUCAUGUUUAAAACACAUGAUGCGCAAUCCAUUAUGGAGGACUUUUACCUCAACUCCCCAAUGCUUGCCACUGCUACAGAGAUGCUCGUGGACACCAUCGUCGAUACUGUUUCCAAGUCCAAAAUCAACAACCCGGUCAAUAUUUUGGAGAUUGGCGCUGGCUUCGGAGGGACGACAAGAAAGCUUGUACAAAGUCUGAAUAGAUUGGGUCGGCCUGUCAAGUAUACGUUCACUGACAUAUCUCCCACGCUUGUUGGACGGGCGCUCAAGGUGUUUUCCGACCAAUAUCCAUGGCUACAAUUCCAAACUUGGAACAUGGAACAAACGCCUUCCAGCACCCUCUGCGCAACAGGACCUUUCGACAUUAUCAUUGGCACAAAUUGUGUGCAUGCUACUCAGGAUCGCACGUCGACACUCAAUCGCCUGAAGCAGUUGCUCCACCCCACGGGCUUUGUCGUUCUUUCAGAGGUCACAGAGAUCGUUGAUUGGUAUGAUAUCACCUAUGGCCUCCUAGACAGCUGGUGGUCCGACAAGGAUGGGUGCUACCCACUUCAGUGUGCAGAAACUUGGAUGAGAUGUUUCAAGGAUGCUGGAUUUGCUGUUGCAUCUCACUCGCAGGGUCCGAGUGCGGAUCUGAACAUACAAAAACUGCUCAUUGCGAGCAUGAGAAACGACAUAGAAGCACCAAAGCGUGCACCUCUACGACCAAAGUUGGAAACAGUUGUCUACAAAACGAUUGAUGGUGUGGACAUCCACGCCGAUGUUUUCUUUCCGCAGCAGCCGCCCGCUACCGCCAUGCCUCUUGGUACGAAUUCCCAACAGUAA